AUGCAGCCGAUAGUUGCGAUGGGAGUUAUCGACAGAGCUAUGUAAAUUACUACUUUUUAUUAUAGUUUUAUCAAAUAAAUGCAAAAUGGAUAUCUGCCGCCUCUGUUUGCGCGGAGUGAGCGGCGCCCAGAUGUGUCUACAGAUCUUCGAUGUGGACUCGGGCGAAAGCAAGGUGGCGGAGGUGCUGCGCCAACAUUUCUGGUUCGAGGUACUGCCCAACGACGAGAUAUCCAAGGUUAUCUGCAACGUCUGCUGGACGCAGGUGUCCGAGUUCCAUCAGUUCUACGUGUCCAUACAGGAGGCCCAGGUGAUAUACGCCACCACCUCAAAGUUCAAGCAGGAUCCAGAAAUGGUUAACACCUCCUGGCCGGAGGAGGUGCUCAUGCCGGCCGACGUUCUCGCCGUGGACAACGAUGUCAGUGCCCAGCUGAAUGUGAAUCCCCUCGACGAGUUGGACCUGAGCCAGCCCAUGUCACCGGAAGACAGCAAGGUGGGCAUCAAAACCGAGCGACAGUCACCCGACAUGGAAUUCCAAUUUGAGGAUGCGAACAAUGAACAGGAUGAGGACUACGAGGAGGAAGAGGAUGAGGACCCCGACGACCUGAUCGUGACCCGGAGUGGACGCAAACGUAAACGGGAGGGGGCCAAGACGGCAAAAACGAAAAGAGGAACGGUUGCGGUGGGCAGAAAAGGCAAGGAUAAGAUGGUGGCCAAGCGGGGACCGCAAAAGAGAAUAUUCAAAAUGGAACGUCUGCCUCCAUUCUGCAAAGAAGACGAGGAACUCAUCAAGCGCUACAUAGUCAUGGGCUGCGAGCUGUGCAUAUUCCUGGCCGAGGACUUCGACGGCAUCCGCGAGCAUUUCAAGGAGAAGCAUCCGGACGAGAGGCCCUACAUCAAGUGCUGCGGCCGCAAGCUCAACAAACGCUGCCUCAUCCAGGAGCAUGCGCGAAGGCAUGAGAAUCCGGAAUACAUCAAAUGCAAGGACUGCGGAAAAGUGUUCGCCAAUUCGAGCGUACUGCGUGCCCACUGGCUGGUCCACCAUGUUCCAGAUGAGGAGUGCGACUUCCAGUGCGAGGACUGCGGCAAACGCUUCUCGCGGCGCAACCUGCUAGAGCUGCACAAGGGCUCCCAUGUGCCCGUCAACGAGCGCAAGUUCAUCUGUCCGCAGUGCCCCAAACACAAUGCUUUUGCCACGGAGUACCACAUGCAGGUCCACAUCAGCAUGCAGCAUCGCAAGGCGGCUAAUAUCUGUCAUGUGUGCGGCAAGAAGAUCAAGGACAAGGCGGUCUUCGAGAAGCACGUUCGCCUGCAUUUCGAGGAGAGUGGACCACGCAUCAAGUGCCCGCGUCCGGACUGCGAAAGCUGGUUGAAGGACGAGGACAAUCUCAAGCAGCAUUUGAGGCGGCACAACGACGAGGGCAAACUAUUUAUAUGCUCAGAGUGUGGCAAGAGCUGCAAGAACUCCCGUGCACUGAUCGGUCACAAGCGUUAUUCCCACUCGAAUGUGAUCUACACCUGCGAGCAGUGUGGCAAAACCUUCAAGAAGGACAUCAGCCUUAAGGAGCAUAUGGCACAGCACACCGGCGAGCCACUCUACAAGUGUCCCUUCUGUCCCCGCACCUUCAACUCGAACGCCAACAUGCACUCCCACAAGAAGAAAAUGCAUCCGGUGGAGUGGGACAUAUGGCGAAAGACCAAGACGGGGAGCUCCCAGAAGGUCCUGCCCAGUGCCCAAGUGGCGCAGAUGUUCAGGGACGAUGCCGAUGCCGCAGCUAUUGCCAAUGACUACUCGGGUUAGGCCCGGGAACGCUUAAGGAAAUCGAUUUGCGGAAGCAUUGCUUAGUUUUUGAUUGACCUUUGUUUGAAAACAAAAUAUAUAUAUAAUAGGAAUUAUUUGAAA